GGUAUCAUUAAGUUGAAAGCCAAAUACGCGAAUGAGAAAAAUCUUGGAGGACUUGUGUUCUGGACGAUUAACAAUGACGAUUUCCGAGGCAAAUGCCACGAUCGUCCGUACCCCCUGAUUGCAGCUGCCAAGGAAGCUCUACUAGCAAUGCCAAAACAAGCUCUGAGGAGUCUCGCAAGAAACAGCGAAUUAAGAACAACGCCAUAGGAAGGAAGGUGAUCGGCGGCCAUUCCACGACCGUGGCAUCAGCUCCGAAACGAAUUAUUACUGCAAAACCAAAGUUUCGAAAUUCGUUUUCGAGGCCAAGACCGGGCGUCGAGGACGAGGAGGAGGAACAGAGAGUCGACAGACCAUCGUACAAUCAGGAGGAGGCUGAUACCCAAGGUGGGAACGCGGUUCGAGCCACCGAUAAGAGCGAGACAUCGGAUGGCAAAGGUGCCAGACCGAAGACCCGGAUCGGUUCUAAUCGGAAUCGGGGGAAACAAAUUCCCCGGAAGGAAGAGGAUAAAAAUGAAUCAAGUGAAGAAUCAUUGAGGAAUAUAUUGACUACUCCGGAACCUCCUACGACACCUGACCCUGGGACAGAUUUCAAGUGCGAGGAUGAAGGAUUCUUCUCAUAUCCACGGGAUUGCAAGAAGUAUUUCUGGUGUUUGGACAGCGGACCCGGAGGUCUAGGCGUGGUGGCACAUCAAUUCACGUGCCCUUCCGGCUUAGUGUUCAACAAGGGCGCAGAUUCAUGCGAGUACCCACGCAACGUGAUCUGCCCUAAAUCUAAGCCAUCAUCGUCAAGCUCGACGAUCAGAGCUCGCAGCACGACUCGUACAACGUUCCUCUACAGUACCACUCGUCAACAGACCACCGAGAAGCCGGAAGAGGAAGGGGAGCACGAGUACGAGAAGGAUGACAAAGAGCUCGAGGAAGAGGAGAAGGAAGAACCCAAGCCAACCACCAUUCCGAAACCGCUCCUCUAUAAGACUAUCACAAGGAACAAACCUACGACUACGACGACCACCACAACCACGGAGGUACCUUCGACGUCUCGAAGAAGCGAUCCGGAAAGAGUGCCUCACAUCGAGGACGAGGAGGACCACGGGGUGAUCAAGGAGUUGAUCCAAUUAAUCAAGAAAGCGGGCGGCAUCGAGCAAUUAGAAAAACAGCUGCUGUUUCAAAGUAAAAGUUCAGUGGACGCGACGAGUUCAAACAACAAGAACGCUACUCCGGCUACGAUCAGUCGUACUCUUUAUGAACGCGUUUUAAGUCGGCAGAGGCUGGGAAGGAAACGAACAACGAGCAAGCGUCUACGAAUGGGAAUAGGCCCGGUGGUGCGCAAUUCGAAGGCUUAGAUGAUGUUCCCGAAGUGAAGAGCCUUCAUCGCUCGCAGAAACCGCAAUACGUUACCAUAGAGAGGCCUAAACCCUCCACGGAGAAACCGUUGAUCAGAGAUGAGGAAGGAGAGGAAGAGAUCGAAGAAGAUAACGCGGACGUUGCUUCUUCGAAAGAACGG